GGUUUCUUCCAAAGACACUGCAUUGGAGCAAAAAAGAGGAUUGCGGUUUUCAUCCGUACUUCCCACGAGACACACACACACACACAACCUUCUUCAAGGGUCUCGUUUUUGUAAUACUCGCGCUGUUGGAUUAGCGUGCGUUGCCCGGCUGCUUCCCUGCCUGCCUCUUGUGUGUGUGCGUGCAAGGAGCGGAGCGGUGCAGUGGGAGGAAGCGAUGCCUAAGAUCAGAGGGAAAGUUGUGCUUAUUCUUAGCUUUGUGUUUCUGACCACUUUCCUUGCUACGGUGAAAGGGCUGCCCUUGAGGAAACAGCGCAACCACAGUCCAAAGGAAAGGAGCUAUAAGUUGGUGGAGAUCUCCCCCUCAUCUGACACCGCCACAGUGAAGGAAGAGGAGAUGUUGCAGUCUAACAAGGUGCGGAACCUGAGGCAAAAUGGACGGGCCGUGCCACGCCGGCAGAAACGCCGUUGGCCGUUGCAGCACCCUGCCAGGAGCCAGCCAGCAGCGCUCCAACCUGGAGGUGCCGGCCAGGAAGAGAGCACGCCCUUUGUGCUGGACUUGCAGAACUUGCCGGGAUUAGCCAACGUGGACCUAAGCGCUCACAAUCCAAACAUACAAGUUACCAUUGAGGUAGUGGAUGAUCCUCAGGCUGAGAUGGAGAUGGACCUGCUGAAGGAGACCAGCAAUGACUGGUCUUUGACAUCUUCUGAGUGGUUGUCCCAUAAAGACCUCUUUUGGCCACUGUUCUGGGAGUACACAGACCCGGUAGAAGAGGGAGAUGAAGAUGACAGCUUGGACAUAAGGAGCAGAGGUGAAGAGGAGGAGGAAGAAGACUAUACUUCUGAGUAUGAUGAGGAGGAAACUGUGCUGAGUGGAGUGGGAGGAGACUGGGAUCAGAGGUGGCCCAAUCAGAAGAACUGGGUCUUCAAAGAGAAGUAUAAUUAUGACUAUGAAGAUGAGGAAGAGUGGAGCUCUUGGUCUCCCUGCAGUGUAACGUGUGGCAGUGGCAACCAGAAGAGAACCAGGUCUUGUGGUUAUGCAUGUGCUGCCACGGAGUCAAGAACCUGUGACCUGCAGCGCUGUCCUGGAACAGAUGGCGAGUUGGCCUUUGCCACUGAGGAGACACCAUUUGAAGCUGAGAAUGCCACAGGGAUCCUGAACGCAGAUAUGGACAGCUGUGAGAAAUGGCUAAACUGCAAGAGUGACUUCCUCAACAAAUACCUGAGCAAAGUCUUAUCAGACCUGCCCAGCUGUCCUUGUUCCUACCCCCUCGAAGCUGUUUAUAGUGCCGUCAACCUGCGAGAUGAGCAGCAAGGCAAGAACUUCCGCUGGCGGGAUGCCAGCGGACCCAAAGAGCGGCUGGACAUCUACAAACCCACGGCCCGCUUCUGCCUGCGUUCGAUGCUUUCCCUGGACAGCACCACGCUGGCUGCACAGCACUGCUGCUACGACGAGAACACCAGGCUCAUUACCCGGGGCAAGGGGGCUGGAGCGCCCAACCUCAUCAGCACGGAGUUCUCCCCCGAGUUGCACUAUAAGGUGGACAUGCUGCCGUGGAUCCUCUGCAAGGGGGACUGGAGCAGGUACCAUGCCGUGCGGCCUCCCAAUAAUGGGCAGCGGUGUGCUGACAACCCCCCGGAGGACGAAUUCCUCUCUCAGCUGCAGGAAGCCCGGGAGUACUAGUGCAGCCAAAGAGAGGGCGCGAGGAGGAGGCGCCCCAGUCCCCCACGGGACACGGUAGAAAACAUAGCAGGAUUUCCCCAGACCCACUUUUAUGUCAACACAGACCUCUGCUUUAGAAUGGCUACG